AUGUCAGGCAUCGAAGUUGCUGGGCUUAUCUUAGGGGCCCUCCCAAUCCUCAUUGACGGCUUGGCUUCGUACAGGAAGGGCCUGAAGAGUCUACGGCGGGGUUUCCAAAGACGAAAGCUAGUGGAAGAGCUCACUUGUACACUUACGGUCCAAGUCAAGAUUCUCGAGGAACUUCUUCGUUUCAUACUCAAUAACAGUGGGUAUGAGACGCCCGAGACGUUGUCUACGAAAUCUUUAGAGAUCUUGCGAGAUUCAGACGUACAGAACGCCAUUGCUAGGUACCUUGGUCCUAAUUACGAGGUCAUCACAGAGGCAAUGCUGCAGUGUCAGGAGAUAUUCUACCGAAUAAUCACAAGCAUUUCAAAGCUCGUACCAUCUUUGAAAGAACGUACAGAACUCUCUCAGAUCAUAGAAGCGAAUAAAAAUGCCAAGCGAGGCCAGCUUGAUUUGGUUGCUCGUAUCAGCCUCAUCUUUGUUAAGGAUGACUUAGGGAAUGAGAUCAAAGAACUUGAAUCUCGCCUGAAUUCCAUGCAGAGACUGGUUGACCUCAUGUCAUCCAACACUCAAUUCAAUGUUGCAAAUGCAAGCCUUCAUUCGAGAAGAAUGGCAAAAGCUUACAUGAGGAUUCGAAAUCAAGCAGAUAUGUUGUAUCUCGCUUUGGCGAAUGCUUGGAUCUCUCAGUGCCACCAAAAUCAUGACGCCCGAUUGCUUCUUGAAGAUCGUGUGGAAGAGAUCAAGCGCGAAAAGAGACUAUCUUCGCAUGACGGCAAGGAACGGUGUUUUCAAUUGAUCUUUUCUGGUGGCAGUCCCUCACAGAAUACUCUUUGGCACGAAUCGCAGGUUCAUGUCAUACCAAGCUCCGAUGGUGAAGAGCAGCAUCAGAUUCCGCCGACUAGCUCGAAAGUCAAAAUCCCGGUACCAAUAUCCAAACCUACGGCCAGAUCCUCAAGAGAUAUCAAAGACAUCUGCUCCGCUAUCGAAGAAGGUCGAGAUAUGCAAGAACACGCCAUAUUCGCCCUAAUCGAAGGUGGAAAAAUAACGGCCGACACGUCACAAAAGAGAACGCUCCAAGUCUCCCAGGCAAAAGGUGCCGUCUUUCUCGGAGAAUUGCUCCGGGGAAAUCACAACCUGAAGCGAAACACAUCUCCUAAGAUACUCUACAGACCGAAGUUAAGUCUGGCCUUGAAUCUGGCAGCCAGUUUUCUCCAAGUCUUGCGCACACCGUGGGCAUGUCCAAUGUUGUCAAAAGAGAACAUCAUGUUCCUCGAAGCCGAGAAACAAGAGCUGGACGUGAAGAGGCCAUUCUUGUCUCUUUCUUUUGGCACUCCACAGGCUAACCCAGCGUCGUCGAACAAUGGCGUCGCCCUGAAGGAAGAACUUGUCGAGUUGGGGAUUGUCUUGCUUGAGGUCUGGCAUGAAACGACAUUAGAGGAGGCUCGUGCAUCAAUCCCCGGCUGUCCCAAGUCUAUCCCACGGCGCUUCAGUGCAAUACAGUGGUUUCAGAACAGCACCAACGACGCAUACCCGGAGGCGUACAGGUCAGCACUGGAAUAUUGCUUGGUUAGUAGUAUCUGUCUCCAGAAAGAACAGAAGUGGGAUGAUCCCGAGCUCUGGCGGGUGAUAUGCGAGUCGGUCGUCGUACCAUUGGCAGGUAUUCUGCGUACAUGA